GUUUUAACUUAUUUUUAUAUGUUGAAUAUGUAUAAAAUUCAACUUAAAUUCAAACAUACUUUAACACUGUUUACCAGCCGAAGCCGAUUUUUUUUGUGCUUUACGUGUUUAAUUUAACUCAAUUCUCUCAAAGAAUAUAGAAGAUGAGAAAGAAUUGCAAGUUGGAACUUCGCCUUUUUCCUCCCUCCCUCUCCGAUCUUCGCCCCAUGAUGGAAGCAGAAGUGAGUGAUAGCCCACAACAACAGGACCCUCACCAUCAACAGCAACAACAACUACAACAUCCGCUGACCAUUUUCUAUGAUGGCAAGAUUUGUGUCUCAGAUGUCACAGAGCUUCAGGCCAGAUCCAUAUUAAUGCUAGCAAAUAAAGAGACGGAGAGAAGGGUGAUGACACCAACUGGGUCAGAACCAUCUUCACCAAUAUUACUGCAAUCACCUCAUAAUAACAUGUAUAGCCCCAGCACUGGACUUUCCAUGAAAAGAUCACUGCAGAGGUUUCUCCAGAAGAGGAAGAAUCGUGUCCAAGAAACAUCCCCAUACCAUCACUAGCUAAUUAAUUAAGUUAAAUUAUCAAAACCAAGGGGAAACAAAUGAAAAUUAAUUUGGCUUGGUUGUUGGUUAGCUUGUUGCAAGACUAUGAUGAAUGAAAUGCCUUUUUUCCCAACACAGUUUGUGGAUCAAGGGCUUGUAAAUUAAGAGCGGCUAUGAUCGAAAUCAUACAAUUUCUUCGUUAAUAUAUAUGGUUUCUUA